UCCAUUUGGACGAAAAUCAGUUUUUGUUCAUCAUCUCUCUCUUCCUCUGUGACUUGAACAUUUUCCGCUCGCAGAUCCGCCUCCUCUGCAGUGCUCUUCAAAUUACCAGCUCACCCAGCUCUCUCUCUCUCUCUACUUCCACUUCACUCUUCAGUUAUGGCCUCCGUCUUCUUCGCCUCGCUUGCUGUAUAACUACUUCCCCCACCGCUCCUCCUCCUCCUCCUCUCUCUCCCCUCUCCGGGACACUCUCGACUCCGUGAGUCAUGCCAUCGUCUUGAUCGGAAUCGGGGAUGCGCCUCCGGCGGAACCCCCAUUGCUCCUCCUCCUCCUGUACCGAAGCUUCUCGCCACUAGAGAUCUCUGUCUCUGUCUCUGUCUCUGUCUCUGUCUCUGUCUCAUGGGGAAAAGUAACCACCGCCGCCGCAGCCGCAGCCGUAGCGAGCUCCUCCUCGCCGUCGCCCUCUCUCUCCUCGCGGCGGUUUCCGGCGUCACGGACCCGGGCGACGUCGCGAUCCUGAAGCAGUUCCGGGACGGGCUCAGCAACCCGGAGCUGCUCCAGUGGCCGGCGGGCGACGACGACCCUUGCGGCUCCAAGUGGAACCACGUGUUCUGCUCCGGCACCAGAGUGUCGCAGAUUCAGGUCCAGAGAGUCGGCCUCGACGGCCCUCUCCCUCCGAACCUCAACCAGCUCACCUCGCUCACUCGCUUGGGCCUUCAGAACAACAACUUCAGCGGAGCGAUUCCGUCGCUGAGCGGACUCUCGAAUCUGCAGCACGCAUACCUGGAUUUCAACAAGUUCAACUCCAUUCCUUCGGAUUUCUUCGUCGGCCUCGACAACUUGCAGGUUUUGGCAUUGGACGGCAACGAUAUGAACGCCAGCACGGGGUGGAUGUUCCCGAAGGAGUUGCAGAACUCGGCGCAGCUGAUGAAUCUCACCUGUAACGACUGCAAUUUGGUCGGCCCGGUGCCUGAAUUUCUCGGAAGCAUGGCUUCUCUGCAAGUGCUGAUGUUAUCAGGUAACAGCUUGACGGGUGUGAUUCCUCCGAGUUUUGGUAACUCCAGUUUGCAGAUUCUGUGGUUAAAUAAUCAACGUGGUGGUGGUGGUGGAAUGAGCGGAACUAUUGAUGUGGUGACUUCUAUGGUCUCUCUGACGAGUCUGUGGCUUCAUGGGAAUAGCUUCUCAGGAUCGAUUCCGGAGAACAUCGGGGACUUGGCUUCGCUGAAGAGCCUCAACCUUAACGGUAAUAAACUCGUCGGCUUGAUUCCUGAUAGCUUGAUAGGCAUGGAUUUGGAUGAGCUAGAUCUGAAUAAUAAUCACUUCAUGGGUCCGACACCCAAGUUCAAGUCGCCUAAUGCGACUUGCGCUUCCAAUGCGUUUUGUUUGCCUACGCCCGGAGCACCUUGCGCUCCGGAAGUUAUGGCUCUCAUAGACUUUCUUAGCGCGCUGAAUUACCCGGCGAGGCUUCUUUCGUCGUGGUUGGGUAAUGAUCCUUGCCAAGGACAGUGGUUCGGGCUGAAUUGCAUUAGCGGAAAAAUUGCCCAGAUCAAUUUGCCCAAGAACAAUCUUAAUGGUACAUUGAGUCCGUCAAUUGCGAAUUUGGAUGCUCUCACUCAGGUGAGACUUGGGUCGAACAAUUUGAGGGGUUCAGUCCCGGGUAACUGGACUAGGUUGAAAGGCCUGACGUAUUUGGAUCUAAGUGACAACAACAUUUCCCCUCCAAUACCAGCGUUUAGUCCCUCUGUGAAGCUUCUCACUGAUGGGAAUCCUCUGCUAAAAGGUACCACAGCCCCUUCUCCAGAGGUGAGCCCUCCGUCUGGGGAUACGAAGUCCCCUGGUGGAACUUCAGAUUCUCCAACCAAAGGUUCAACUUCUGCUUCUGGUAAUGUUCCUAAUACUGUUAUCUCCACCAAGCCGAAAAAUUCUAAGUCUAUUUUGGCAGCGAUUCUUGCCCCUGUUGCCUGCGUGGCAGCUCUCAUAUUCGUGACCGUUCCUCUGUACUUCUAUUGUAAGAAGAGGCGAAGAACAUCCCAAGCUCCAAGUUCCCUAGUGGUUUACCCGAGAGAUUCCUCUGAUCCAGAUAAUAUCGUGAAGAUUGCAGUUGCUAGUAACACCUACGGCAGCACCUCACUUAUGGGGAGUGGCUCUGCUAGCAGAGAUAGCAGCGGAUUUGGUGAGUCUCAUGUAAUUGAAGCAGGGAAUCUCAUAAUAUCUGUUCAAGUCCUUCGAAAUGUGACAAAAAAUUUUGCACGGGAAAAUGAGCUUGGUCGCGGAGGCUUUGGGGUAGUUUAUAAGGGGGACUUAGAAGAUGGAACAGCGAUAGCGGUGAAAAGAAUGGAGGCAGGCAUAAUUAGCAACAAAGCACUGGACGAAUUUCAGGCUGAAAUCGCAGUCCUUUCAAAAGUCAGGCAUCGUCACUUGGUAUCCCUUCUAGGCUAUUCUGUAGAAGGAAAUGAAAGAAUACUGGUGUAUGAGUACAUGCCUCAAGGGGCCCUCAGCAGGCAUCUCUUCCAUUGGAAGAACUUGAAGCUGGAGCCUCUUACCUGGAAGAGGAGGUUAAAUAUUGCUCUGGAUGUUGCAAGGGGAAUGGAGUAUCUUCAUACUCUAGCUCAUCAGAGCUUCAUACACAGAGAUCUUAAAUCGUCGAAUAUUUUGCUCGGAGAUGAUUAUAGAGCAAAGGUUUCAGAUUUUGGACUGGUAAAGCUUGCUCCUGACGGAGAGAGGUCUGUGGUAACAAGGCUUGCCGGGACCUUUGGCUAUCUAGCUCCAGAAUAUGCCGUCACAGGGAAAAUUACUACUAAAGCCGAUGUCUUCAGUUUCGGAGUUGUUUUGAUGGAGCUACUGACGGGAUUGAUGGCACUUGAUGAAGAAAGACCCGAGGAAAGCCAAUACCUCGUGGGCUACUUCUGGAACAUAAAAUCAGAUAAAGAGAAGUUAAUGGCUGCUAUUGACCCAACUUUGGACAAAAAGGAGGAGACAUACGAGAGUAUCUCCACCAUCGCUGAAUUAGCUGGGCACUGCACCGCAAGGGAGCCAAACCAAAGGCCAGACAUGGGCCAUGCCGUGAAUGUGCUGGCUCCACUCGUUGAGAAAUGGAAACCAUUUGAUGACGACUACGAAGAAUACUCGGGCAUCGAUUACAGCCUCCCGCUGAAUCAGAUGGUUAAGGACUGGCAGGAAGCAGAAAGCAAGGACUUGAGUUACAUGGACCUAGAAGACAGCAAGGGAAGUAUACCCACAAGACCAGCAGGAUUCGCUGACUCUUUCACUUCUACCGAUGCUCGGUAAAAAGAUCAAUUUGGUAGCUUUUCUUAAGCGUGCUCCUUUUGGUAGUGGUAUAUAGUGCAGACAGGAUUGGGGGCUUGCUUGCCGAGAACUCGGUGUCGAUAUCAUGAUUAAAUGCCGCUUCUUUAUCACGAUCAAGUCGGGUUUCCAAAUUCUUAGGAUGUCUUGCUCAGGUUGCCAAAUACUCGACCAUGAUAUCUCAUGGGAAUUGGCGAUGUUGUAGAUAGAGAUGGAUCAUUGUCGAAGAUGAUGCUUAUCGUUCCUUAUCUUUUUUCCA